AGAGAGGACUCUCGCUCCUCGUCGUCCACAAACUCGCCCGCCCCGGCCGACAAUGAAGAGUCCGACUUCUUCCUGGUGACCAACGACUCCCAGUCCUCCCUUGGCGUGCCCAACUUCCAGGACAUGCAGGUCGACGACACCUGCUGGCCACCCAUCAACAGGCUGCCCAACGAGAUCCUCAUCGGCGUCUUCUCCAAGCUGGGCUCGACCUCGGACCUGUACCACUGCAUGCUCGUCUCCAAGCGAUGGGCCAGAAACGCCGUCGACCUGCUAUGGCACCGGCCCGCGUGCUCCAACUGGGGGAACCACCGCAGCAUCUGCCAGACGCUGGGCCUGGAGCAGCCCUACUUCCAUUACCGCGACUUCAUCAAGCGGCUUAACCUCGCCGCCCUCGCUGAUAAGGUCAACGAUGGCAGCGUCAUGCCUCUCGCCGUCUGCUCCAGGGUCGAGCGCCUGACGCUGACCAACUGUCGAAACCUGACCGACACGGGCUUGAUUGCUCUGGUCGAGAACAGCUCGUCCUUGCUGGCCCUGGACAUAUCCAACGACAAGCACAUUACUGAGGAAUCCAUCAAGGCCAUCGCCAGCCACUGCAAGCGUCUUCAGGGCCUCAACAUCUCGGGCUGCGACAACAUCUCCAACGACAGCCUGCUUACGCUGGCACAGAACUGCAAGUAUAUCAAGAGGCUUAAACUAAACGAAUGCAUCCAAAUCCGCGACAAUGCCGUGCUUGCCUUUGCCGACAACUGCAGAAAUAUCCUUGAAAUCGAUCUUCACCAGUGCGUCCAGAUCGGAAACGGCCCCAUCACGGCCCUCAUGUCCAAGGGACACAGCCUUCGCGAGCUGAGACUCGCCAACUGCGAACUGAUUGGCGACGACGCCUUUCUCUCCCUACCGCCGACUCAGCUCUACGAGCACCUGCGGAUUCUCGACCUGACCUCGUGCAGCCGCCUCACUGACGCAGCGGUUGCCAAAAUUAUCGAUGCGGCGCCUCGGCUGCGAAACCUGUUGCUCUCCAAGUGCCGGAACAUCACAGACGCUGCCAUCCACUCCAUCUCCAAGCUGGGCAAGAACCUUCACUACGUCCAUCUGGGCCACUGCAGCCUCAUCACCGAUGAUGGAGUCAAGCGUCUGGUAACCCACUGCAACCGCAUCCGCUACAUCGACCUGGGCUGCUGCACGCUCCUCACCGAUGCGUCGGUCAAGUGCCUGGCCGGCCUCCCCAAGCUGAAGCGCAUAGGCCUGGUAAAAUGUAGCAUUAUUACAGACGCCUCUGUCCUUGCGCUUGCCGAGGCAGCUCAUCGCCCUCGGGUCAGGAGGGAUGCCAAUGGAAUGUUUGCUGGCGGCGAAUAUUUCUCUCCAAGCUUGGAGCGGGUGCAUCUCAGCUACUGUAUUAACUUGACUCUCACUAGCAUCAUAAGACUCCUCAACUCGUGCCCACGUCUCACCCAUCUCAGCUUGACUGGCGUGGCAGCCUUCCAACGAGACGAGUUCCAGCCGUUUUGCAGAACAGCACCACCAGAGUUUACACAGCACCAGCGGGACGUCUUCUGUGUCUUUUCCGGCAACAUGGUAUCCAAGUUCCGCGACUUCUUAAACACUUCACCGCAGUACGAAGCUCUCCGAGAGAGCCUCUAUCCGAGAUAUGCUAGCCACAUCAGAGCAUUCACUGCGCGUCGAGGUGGUGUAUACCCUACUACUGUGCCGACUCCGGAUGGCGAGAACUUUGAUGACGAAAUGAAUUUCGAGGACAACGACUUCGAGGGCCUAGAUACCAGUGAAAUGGUUGUAGAUACCCAGCAGAACCUGCCU